AUGGCAGGAAUUACCGCAAUGGGAAAUAACCCCUACGGUCCGGCGGGGUUGGCCGCGGGAGGGCAUCAUCCGCAGUUCGGUCCUGUGGGAACAGCAGCGUACCACCCGGCGUACACGACACCUGCAGGUGCUGCAGGUGCGGCAGGCCACUAUGUUAAUCCAGCAGCCGCCAGUCCGGUCUACCCCGCGCUGCCACCGACGUUUCCGCCGCCCGCAUUGGACUACAGUGCUGGGGUGCAGCAUG